UCAAUUUCCAUUUUCAGAGUGUCUAUUCAUGACAUCUGACGAAGGUGAAUUUUACCAUAAAGCCAAUGUAGUGGAGGGCAAUGUUUGUGGUAUUUACAUUCAAGCCGAACCUCAUCAGAGGGUGGAAGUGCGGUUCACGUAUUUUGAUGUGCCAUGCUCGAAUGGAGGGCUGGUAGCGUUUGUGGACGGCUGGGAAUUGAACGGUGAGCUAUUUCCAAGUCCUUACGACUACCUUCUGCCAGUCGAAGGACGAUUCAGAGAAUUUUGCGAUGAGCGGAAAAUCAAACAGACUUUCAUUAGCUCUUCGAACGUCGCUCUCAUACAGUACAGGAUGCCCCACAGAGGAUCUGGAUUCUCGAUUUCAGUCCACUUCAUCAGGAAUCCUACCCCCUGUAACAUCCUUCUCCAAGGUUUCGAAGAUAUCUACACUUUGCGAAAUUACGAAAAACGAUCCAAUUGCAGCGUGAGCACCUUAUUUCCAUCUGCCGUGAAAGUGGAAGCCAUAAAUGUUGGGAUCGUCAGAUCCGAUACGAGAAGUAUGGAGAUAGAAACGGGCACCAUUCAUAAGUGUCAAAAGAGAGGAUUGGACGACUACGUUCAGAUUGGUGGAUCUACUGGACUGGACAACUCUCAUAUGAUUAUGGCUGAUGCUGUUUGUGGAUUGAGUUCAAGGCCAGGUAAAUUUGAGGAGAUGAUAGCUUGUGGUACAACAACAGUACGCUUGGUCUCUAGUGGUGCAUUUGACAACUCAGUGACAGUUCGUUUUCGACAGUUGCAGAGUGAGGAGGACAUGAGCAGCUUUAUGAGUGUUAUGUGUCCUCUUGAAGAUAUAAAAAAAUAGAUAAAAGUCGCCAGUACCACAGGAAAAUAAGUAAUAAAUUAUUUCAUCAUGAAUCACAUGAAGACUAUUAUUUUCAAAUAUUAUAUAUUUGUUGAAUUGUAGAAGAAUCUUUUUGUUUGGUGUAAAUUUGGUGCCAUAACUAUGUAACUAAAAACCUCUAAUUUAAAAAAUAAAGAUAAACAAAUGAAA